UACGUUUAUGAGAAGCCAAUUAACACCUUGCAACCUUAGCUUGGAUUACCACGAUUAUUACAGACCUAAACCUUCAGUUGCUGACACUAGGAAAGGCAGCUUACACCAUGUGUCAGGUUAUAAAGUCCGGGGACUAUUGCUCACCCUGUAGAGCGGCUCUAGCUGUUGUUUUUGGGUCCCUGGGAGAAAGGAGAAACACAAAGGGGUUUCUUUCUAGAAGGGGAAAGGACUUUAUAGAGCUGCCACCAUGAACGGGACAGAAGGUCCAAAUUUUUAUAUUCCCAUGUCCAACAAGACUGGGAUAGUACGAAGCCCAUUUGAAUAUCCCCAGUAUUACCUGGCAGAUCCAUGGAAAUAUUCAGCUUUGUCUGCUUACAUGUUCCUCCUCAUCCUCCUCGGCUUCCCAAUCAACUUCAUGACCUUGUAUGUUACUGUCCAGCAUAAGAAACUCAGAACACCCUUAAACUACAUCCUACUGAAUUUGGCAUUUGCCAAUCACUUCAUGGUCCUGUUUGGGUUCACGGUGACGAUGUACACCUCAAUGAAUGGAUACUUCAUCUUAGGCCAGACUGCAUGCUACAUUGAAGGAUUCUUCGCUACACUUGGUGGUGAAAUUGCCCUUUGGUCCCUGGUGGUUUUGGCCAUUGAACGAUAUAUGGUGGUUUGCAAGCCUGUGAGCAACUUCCGAUUUGGGGAGAACCAUGCCUUCAUGGGAGUGGCCUUUACCUGGAUUAUGGCCUUGGCAUGUGCUAUUCCUCCACUCUUUGGAUGGUCAAGAUACAUCCCUGAGGGAAUGCAGUGCUCAUGUGGAGUUGACUACUACACUCUGAAGCCCGAAAUCAACAAUGAGUCCUUUGUCAUCUACAUGUUCGUCGUCCACUUCUUAAUUCCCCUGAUUGUCAUUUUCUUCUGCUAUGGCCGGCUCGUGUGCACUGUGAAAGAGGCUGCAGCUCAGCAGCAGGAGUCAGCCACCACCCAGAAGGCAGAGAAAGAGGUCACCAAAAUGGUCAUCAUUAUGGUCGUUUUCUUCCUGAUUUGUUGGGUUCCCUAUGCCACUGUUGCAUUCUUCAUCUUCACCCACCAAGGCUCUGAAUUCGGCCCAGUCUUCAUGACCAUUCCAGCUUUCUUUGCCAAGAGCUCUGCCAUCUACAACCCUGUAAUCUACAUUAUGCUGAAUAAACAGUUCCGUAACUGUAUGAUCACCACCCUAUGCUGCGGCAAGAAUCCCUUUGGAGAUGAGGAUGCCUCCUCUGCAGCCACCUCCAAGACAGAAGCGUCUUCUGUUUCUUCCAGCCAGGUUUCUCCUGCAUAAGAUCUUCACCAAGGCCCGUCUCUGGGUCCGCUGCCUCACACAGCUUCUAUCACCCCAACCACGUCACCUUGUUGCUAAGGCAACGAAAUUCUGCAAAGUAUAAUAUAUACUAUAAUAUAAACGUAAUAAAUGAUUGUAACCUUAUCUGUCCCACAAGAGGUGAGAGCCUCUCCUGACCCCUUCGCUGCUGACACCGACUGCAUUGAGUUGCUUUGCAAUGCAAUGAGUCCCCUGCCGCAGCGAAGGGGUUAUAUUCAGAAUAUGCUGAGAAUUUGGUCAAGACUGUAAAUAUCUUAAGGCAAAGAUACCGCUAGAGCGGAAAUGCCUCCCAGAAAGACUCAAUGCAAUGUUCCUAUAGGUCUUGAGGAUGACGUACUGACGCUGCACAGUCUCUGGCCAGCUCGUAACUCUUUGCAAUGCAACCGAAGAGAAGAAUAUUUUUUUUGUAUUAUAACAUCAGAUUUCUAGUCAUCUUUCUGCUUUCUUUUUAUGUAUUUAUUUUUUUCUGGCAAGGUCUGAUAGUGAGGGUAGGCAGA